GUUCACCUCGUGAUCGCCUCAUCUGUUUCACUCCUGUUCACUCUUUGGUUUCACUUCACUUUCAUCCGCCUGCUGCUGCGAUCGGCUGCACCUUUUCAUAAAAUCAACAUGAUUUUGCUCGUAUUUGCUUUGGCGCCUCUAACUUCAGCUUUUCACCUGCCUGGACAAGACGACUUUCACUUCAAGUCAUGGAUGGCACAGCACAACAAAGUGUACAACACGCAGGAGUACUAUGAGAGACUCCAGAUAUUCACAGAGAACAAGAGGAGGAUUGACAAACACAAUGAGGGGAAUCACUCUUUCACAAUGGCUCUGAACCAGUUUUCAGACAUGACAUUUGGUGAAUUUCGAAAGUCGUUCCUCUGGUCUGAACCACAGAACUGCUCUGCUACCAAGGGGAGCUACAUCAGCAGCAACGGACCACAUCCAGUCUCCAUUGACUGGAGGAAGAAAGGAAAUUAUGUGACCGAUGUGAAGAAUCAGGGACCUUGUGGUAGUUGCUGGACUUUUUCCACAACCGGCUGUCUGGAGUCUGUUGCUGCUAUCGCCACUGGGAGGCUCUUACCACUGUCGGAACAACAGCUGGUAGACUGCGCUCAGGAUUUCAACAACCAUGGAUGUAAAGGCGGUCUUCCCAGUCAAGCAUUUGAAUACAUCAUGUACAACAAGGGGCUAAUGACGGAGACAGACUACCCAUACAAAGCUGUUGAAGGUACUUGUAUGUAUAGACCUCACCUGGCCGCUGCUUUUGUGAAGGAGGUGAUGAACGUAACCGCGUACAAUGAGAUGGAGAUGGUGGACGCUGUCGCCACACGCAAUCCUGUCAGCUUCGCCUUUGAGGUGACCUCUGACUUCAUGCUUUACUCCAAGGGUGUGUACACCAGCACUGAAUGUCACAACACCACAGACAAGGUGAACCAUGCAGUCCUGGCUGUCGGCUACGGACAAGACAACGGUACCACUUACUGGAUAGUGAAGAACUCCUGGGGCUCCAGCUGGGGCAUGAAUGGAUAUUUCUUCAUCGAACGUGGGAAGAACAUGUGUGGCCUCGCUGCCUGCUCAUCUUUCCCAGUGGUGUGAUUUUUAUAUGAUUCUACACAAAAAAAGAGCAGAAUAUUUUCUUGUUUACCAUCCAGGGUUUUUUUUUUUUUUAGGAUUGUUACACUUUUCUUUUUCAUUAUACAAUGAGUAGCCAGUUUUUCUAUGGAGAGUAUGUUUCUGCAAAAGGGAUUGUGUUUUUACCUCUACUGAAGGACAGAUUAAGCCAUACCAAGGUCAUAUACACUAUAUAAUCAGUAUGUCUGAAAUGAUCACUUAACUACCAAUCUUUUUAAUAAUAAUGUGCUUAAAUUUUACUAAUAAAAUCUAUUUAAUCUG